GUGUUCAAGGCGACGGAACGAGGAUCCGACAAGGUAGUGGCUCUCAAGACUUCGCGUGUCUCGGUGAGAGUGAAACGACCUAUUCUCCGGCACGAGGCUCGUAUCCUCCAACUUUUGAAAGAUCAUGCCGCUAUUCCCAUUGUUUAUGGAUACGGCCAAUUGGAGCAUUUCGAGUACAUAGCUAUGGAAUUGCUGGGACCGAGCAUUGAGCAGCGGGUACAGAACAACGAGAGAGGGAUUGGCGUGAUGUUGACGACCGUCACCCGAAUCGUGGAUCAAGUGCUGGCGGGACUGGAGCAUAUCCACUCGCUCGGGAUUGUGCAUCGCGAUAUCAAGCCUGACAACCUCCUCUGCACACUUGAUAAUUCGACAAUCAAGAUCAUUGACUUUGGACUCUCCAAGCCUGUUUCCCAACGUCAUCCCAGCAAGUACGAGCCAUUAAAGGAUCGCCUGGCCAUAGUCGGGACUCUUAGUUGGGCAAGUCUGAAUUCUCACAAUGGAAUAGAUCUUUCUCUGCGCGACGACCUCGAAUCCUUAGCUUACACCGCCCUCUUCCUUCUUCGUGGACACCUACCUUGGAAGCCUCGUCCAUUCCUGGAGUCUCCGCUGCGCUCACAAGAGAUAGUCCGACAUAUCAAAACGAGCUGUUCAGGCAAACAUCUGUCUGGAGGCCUUCCAGCCGAAUUUGGUGACCUGCUCGACCACAGCCGCUCCCUCGAUUUUAACGAGCUUCCCGACUAUGGAAAAUUCAGGCCCCUAUUUGUGAGUUUGCUUCAGAGGAUAGGC